AUGUACUCUGCUACCCUCCUCCUCGCCGGCUCCGGCAUGGCCAUGGCCGCCUCUCAGUACUUUGUCGCCAACACUACGUCGCCCCUGAUCGCCGCCGCCGUCACUUCUACCAUCCCCGAACCCGCUGGAACCAGCCUCUCCUCUGAGCCCAUCAGCGUGAGCGGUUCCUUUGACGGAAAGGGCUUCCUCUACGAUCGUGACAGCGUCCUCUGCAACGACCAGCAGGAAGGCGGCGACGACGACACCAUCUUCCUCCUGGAAGACGGCGCCUCCCUCUCCAACGUCAUCAUCGGUCCCAACCAGGCCGAGGGCAUCCACUGCGCCGGUUCUUGCACCCUCACCAACGUCUGGUUCCAGGACGUCUGCGAGGACGCCAUCAGCCUCAAGGGCGACGGCGACAUGACCAUCUCCGGCGGCGGCGCCUUCCACGCCUCCGACAAGGUCAUCCAGCUCAACGGCAUAGGCCAGCUCACCGUCGACAACUUCUACGUCGAGGACUACGGCAAGCUCGUCCGCUCCUGCGGCAACUGCGACGGCAACGGCGGUCCGCGCAACAUCGAGAUCUCCAACGUCGUCGCCAUCGACGGCGGCCCCCUGUGCGGCAUCAACACCAACUACGGCGACACCUGCGACAUCGUCGACUCCUGCCAGGACAGCGGUGAAUCCUGCACCCUCUACACCGGCAACGACACCGGUGACGAGCCCGAGGAGGUUGGCGAGGGUCCUGACGGAAAGUACUGCGUCACCGAGAACUUCAAGAGCUCUUGCUAG